AUGCCGGGUAAGACCACAGAAUGCCCUGCCUCUGAGGUCUGCAGGAGGUGCAAAGAGAACGAUUCUGUUCUUGUCGUGCGCCUAGAGCCUUUGUGCCAAGAGUGUUUCGCCCGCUACGUCCACACAAAGGCUAUCAAACGACUGGAGACCUUCCGUGUCAACUUCCACACUAAUGAGGAGCGCAAAGUACUGUUACCUUUGACUUUUGGAGUCUCAUCCACCACCCUGCUGCACAUUCUGGAUCUGCACCUGAAGACUCAGAUGAGCAAAACCGGCCGCACUGGCUUUGCACUCAAUGUUGUUGCGAUCGGUCAUGCUGAAGGAACAUUACCUGUCGAAGAUCUACUAGAGAAAGUUCGUCAGCAAUACCCUGGUCACGAGUAUGCAGCAUUGCCACUGCAUGACGUGUUCCGUACGAUAUCGGAAGAUGCUACUCUACAAGAUUUGGUUGCUGAAGCUGUGGACGGAGAGAAUCCCAGCAAUCAGGAGAAGCUGGCUGUAUUGAUCAACUCCCUUACCUCCGCAACAGCGCGGGCGGACGUUUUGUCGACGCUCAGGACCAGACUCAUCGUGGAACACGCAAAGUCAGCAUGUUGUCAGAGUAUACUGUGGGGUGAUAGUACCACAGCACUCGCUGAGAAGACACUUGCCGAAACCUGUAAAGGCCGAGGGUUCUCGUUGCCAUGGCAGGUCGGCGAUGGACGGGCACCCUUCGGUGUCUACUUCCACUACCCUCUACGCGACGUUCUCAAGAAAGAGCUGGUAUCCUACAUCGGCCUUGCUGAUUCUGGACUGGCAUCACUGGUCUAUGAGUCUUCGCCUGGUGCGACGCAGGCAUCCACAAGCUCGAAGAAUACCACCAUUGAUGAUCUCAUGAAGCAGUACUUCGAGUCUGUUGAAGAGAACUUUCCAAGCAUCGUUUCCAAUGUUGUUCGGACCUCAGGCAAGCUCGAAGUCCCCGCUGGCGCAGACCGAGACCCACGAUGCGGUCUUUGCAACAUGCCUGUGCCCGGCGGCCGAUUUGGCAUACACGGUUGGGGCGGUUACCAACAGAACGAUGGCUUCGAGACGUAUUCAGCAAUUGGCAAGAACAUCUGCUAUGGCUGCACUCGAUCUCUGCCUCAGAUCGCCCGGUAG